CCGACGUGACGAUUUUUCUCUUUUUUAGAUGUUUUUUAAUAAUGGGAUUUUAUAUUUAUGAUUCGUUUUUCUAUCAAAUUCCUGGCCCCGAUACUGCUCUCCAAGAUGGCGGUGGCGGCUGCUUCAAAUAAGGUCUCAUUUAGAUGUGCAACGUUUAACAUCUUGGCUCCAUGUUACCGGCGAUUAGAAGGCCAGUAUAGCAAAUGGGAAAGUUCACAGCCUAACCUAUAUAUGGAGAGAUUGCAGUCAAUCAUCCAGCUAAUUUCCCAACAACCUAAACUGGACACCAUAUGUUUGCAAGAGUUUUGGUUUAAUAGUGAUGCAUUGGAAUUGUUUGAAAAUAAGCUAGGUGAUAGAUAUAAAAUUAUCAAGUUAAAAAGACAAGGAGAGAAAACAGAUGGAUUGGCUAUAUUUGUUGACAGAUCUCUAAGGAUCCUUGCAACACAGUCUUUAAGGUUUAAUGACUAUGGUUACAGAGUCGCUCUACUUUUACAUUUAGAAUUACCAGACAAUGGGUAUGAGGUUAUAUUAACAACAACUCAUUUAUCCUAUUGCCACAACUUUUUUGAUCAAUAUGUCCGAAUGUCUCAAGCACAAAAAGUUGUAGAUGGAAUAAAUAGCUAUAUGGAAAGGGAUGACRUUGAAGCACCGCCURUAAUCUUGUGUGGAGAUUUUAACAGCCCACAAGAAAACCCUGUUUAUAAAUAUGUUUGCCAAAAUGGUUUUACGUCRUCAUUUAAGAAUGURCAUGGAAGAGAACCACUUGUCACUCAUAAGGACCACACUGGUCAGGAAAUGUCUGUUGAUUAUGUAUUUUAUAG